AUGUUCUGCUUCUGCUUCCAGAGCUCCCUGCUCAAGCUGCAGGCGCUAGAGGUGGACGUCUGCUCUUCCAUGGGACCCUCGCCGGCAGGGGAGGACGGCGGGCAGACGCCGGGCGCCAAGGAGCCCAGCCUGCCCCCGACUCACAGCGGGGAGGAGAGCAGCCCUGCAGUCGACAACCGGCCCAUCCUGCGAGCCCCGCCCCUGGAGGUAGAGGCCUGCGAGGGCCAGCAGAGCCCGGGGCCCAGCCGGCUCCUGCACCACAUCACGGACGGCGACAGCCCCCUGCCGUCCCCGCGCUGCCCCAGCUUCAGCCAGAGCCAGCGCUUCAACAGCGACACCGAGGCUGCGCCGUCGCCGCCCUGCUCCCAGCAGUUCAUCAUGGCUCGUGGCAUUGAGAGGACUGAACCUCCAGAGGGCGCCAAAGACACACUGUCCAUCACCCUGCUCCCCAAACAUAUCCAGACCCUGAAAAGGAAAAUCAGAAAAUUUGAAGAGAAAUUUGAACAGGAGAGAAAUUACAGGCCCUCGCACAACGACAAAACUGCCAAUCCAGAGAUGUUCAAACUAAUGAACGAACUGGCCAAGUCGCGCAAGCAGCUCAAAGACUUGAAGCUGAAACAGUCUGUUGAAGAGCACCGGGAGGAGAGGAAAGCAGCACCCACCGAAAUCUGCAAGUUCAACAAUGACCCGCAGGGGGCGACAGAGCAGCAGCAUAAACCGCCCUUGGAGGAGACCGUCGACGCCCUGCUGAAGAGACUAGGGGAAAAGCGACAAGCCCUCGGUCUUCCAGACAACAUGAAGGAAAUGACACAAAAACAAAUGAUCCUGGAGAAAAUCACUCUGCAGAAGUGUCUGCUGUACUUUGAGAGCCUGCACGGCCGCCCUGGUACAAAGCAGGAGAAGAACCUGGUGAAGCCUCUGUAUGACAGAUACCAGAUGAUCAAACAGUUGUUGUGUGCCACGCCCUCCAUCACCACCAUAGAGGAAGAGGAGGACUCAGAUGAAGACUGCGUGCAGCUCCACCCCACGCCGGCCUGCAGGGAGACGCGCCCCGCGUCCGCGGACGAGUCCCUCUGUCCCCAGGAGGAGGACAGCGACACGGCCUUCGUGUCCCCGCUGGAUGAAGUGAAAGCAGUCAGGCAGCCGGCCUUCACCAUGUCCAACCUGCACGAGGCUUCCAGGCCUGAGCUGCUGGAGUGCCUCCGCGAGACCAGGGGGGAGAAGAGGCGAAGGCGCAAGGCCCUGCGAGAGUUCGAGGAGCAGUUCUUCAAACAGAUGGGGAGGACUGCACAAAAAGACGACCGCAUUCCGAUGGCUGAGGAGUACCACGAGUACAAGAAUCUAAAAGCUAAGCUCAGACUACUGGAGGUCCUUCUCAGUAAACAGGACUCAUCCAAGGCUGUCUGAGAGAAGAGUGCUUUCCAUUUGUACACACUGGAUGCUAAUUUUAGAAUGGACUGCGCAGACACUGAACUAAAAUGGUGUUUUGUACUGGACAUGGUCGUGCCAAACUUAUACUGCGAUGCACUUUAAUAGCCAACUUCUUGGUUGACAGAAUUACAAGAUGGCAAGAUACCCAGUUGUUACUGAACAAUUUCAAAUGCCCCAUGACCUUUGUGACACAAUUGUAACAUACUGCACUAUGGAGGCUAAUGUAGCAAUUGUUGUUAAGUGCUGCUUUGUUUGGGAAGUUCAGAGAAAGAGCUAACUUUUUGUUAGAAAAACAAAAUGUAUUCACCUCUAUGCUAAAAUAUGGCACUUUAUUUUUACUGCAGACUUUAUUUUAACGAAUACCAAAAUUACAUACAGCUUUCUGGAAUCUGAUGGUAUUUUUGGAAUCCCAAAGUAAUAAUGACUCAGAAUGAAUAAUCUUGAAAAAAAACAAUAUGCAAACAAUUGGAUUGGCUACUCAUUUGUGGGAAAUUUGCCUCUCCUUUAGUGCUAUUAUAUGAAUUCAUUAGUUCUGCUGAGACCAAUGAAGUCUUAUUCCAGAGAAAAGAUACUUUCUGAAAAAUGAGUUGUAUUUGUAAUGAAUGCUAAAUUUGAAGGAUUACUCAAAACUAUAUCCUUAAUAUGAAAUCAGUUAGAACAGAAAGAAACAUUUGUUACAUGAAAGGGGUAAGCUAUGUCUUUUAAAAACAUUCUCUAUGCUGAUUCAGAAGAGGCCAUUGUAAUCUACACCAUAUGGUUUUGUAGACCUUGACAUUGCCAUCUGAACGUUUUUACAGUUUUUUUUUUUAAAUCUGGAAUGUAACUGUAAUAUGGUUAUGAUUUUGUGAUUUUUUUUUUCCAAAGCAGCGUUUUCUUAGAUGUAAUACUUUGUACUGUGAAAAUGUGACAAAUACUGAAGGUUACACAGGAGCUGUGCUCAUACAGUGCUUUCUGUUAAGUGCAAUUCUGCUGAGAAACCUGUCAUUCAAAAAUCCUGCAAUCAGAAUUCUCCUGAUGGAAAUCUGUCUAUGAUUUAUAACCACAAAGAACUGUUUAAAAUCCCCGAUAAGUGUCUCUCUGCAUGCUAAUGAACUGUUAAACUGUUAAAAUCGUUGUGCUACAAUCAGAUGUGGUGGAGAAAUGUGUUUGCUAUGGCCUGGAUCCAACUCUUUAAAGUCAUACACAUCCUCCGUGUGUUGUUGUCUUAAAGAGAGCUUGUGUAUGUUAACUUCGUGCACGUAAUUUGCUCGAAAGUUUUUUCUUGUUCUUUUUUUUAACCCCCCAAAUCGACUCAUUGCUAUGGUCUGAAUUCUUGACAUUGUGCACUUCUGAUUUGUUCAUUUUCUAUACAACGGUAAAAAUAAAUAUUUUUCUAUCACAUUUAUUAUGUUUAAACACAGUAUAUGGUUUUUUUUGUUAUCUAGAAUAAAUAACAUGUAACACUGCAGAACAACAAUGUGGAGGUGCUGACAUUUCUAGGUUUUCAAUAUUAAAUUCAUGCUGCAGGUACAACCUAUCAUGCUUUUAUGAAUUAUCCAGUAAUUUGAUUUCAUUACAAGAUAACAUUAAUAUGCAUUUAUAAUGCCUUUUUUAGAAGCUGUUACCAAUGCUUUUCUACAGCAAUUUGAUCAGUUUUGUUACCUUUGGCAAAAUAUUACAUUGCAGCUCUAAGAUCGGAGGAAUGUCUGUUACAAGCAACACAGGAGGCAGGGUAAAGAAGCGUUGUUAUUGUACGUCUUGGCAGGGACUUCACAGUUACCUCCCAAAAAAGAUAAAAAAAAAACAGGAA